UAAAAAAUUGACACAAACAUGAGAGAAAUUCAUGGUGUCCUGCCAUUUGACAUUUAUGUCGAUAUAUCAUUUUGGCAUUUAAUCAAAAUGUCAAAUUUUUGCAGUGAAAGGCUAUGUGUUGUUUAUAUUGAUUAUAUAAUAUUUAAGCGAUUUUCCGCUUAAAAUACUGAGUGCGAAACCUUUCCGAUACAUUUUUGAAGGGAAUAACUACAAAAUGACAAAAGUGUGUCGUCUUUGCCUGGUCAAGCUUCAAAGAGGAUCCAAGUACUUCAAUAUCAACGCAGUCGAAAGUUUCACUGGAUUCAUGCCUUAUAGAGAUCAAUUAACAACAUGUAUUCCUGAAAUGGCUCUGGAUCUGAUUCCAAAUCCUGUGAUUUGCAAUAAUUGUCGCAACGCUUUAAAAUUAUCGUAUGAGUUCAAAUCACGAUGCCUUUUAGUUGAGAAAAAAAUCAGACAGUAUGUGGAGGGUCAACCUCCAGAAACUACCACCUACAAUCUAUUGGAAAUUGACUCAUCAAAUUUACCAAAACCUGCAAAAUUUGAAGCUGAAGGUUCAAAAGAAUGUCCAAAGCUUUUACCAAUAUUACCAAAAGGAGAAGGGAAUACCACAUCUUCAAACCAGUCUAUUCUAUCUAAUCUUCUAACUGUAAGAGAGGAAGUGUUGCUGCCGAAUCUAUCGGAAAUCGAGAUUACAAACAUAAAAUACGAAGCAACACCAGGAAAAGAGACGUCGAGUAGAUCAAAAGCAUCCGGUUCAGGAAAACAGGUCACUUACACGCCAAUAGAAAAGGACGAGCAUGGCUGUUUUACAUGUAAUCACUGUGAUAAAAAAUUCCCUAAUGUACCUGCGCUUCACACCCAUAAAACCAGAGUUCACGAAGAGGAUUAUUUGUGCAACUUUUGCAAUGUUCCUUUCAAAACAUUGCAGAAUUUGAGAAAACAUAAUCAGAUGUGUCAAAAAGCAAAGUUUGGGUCAGCGACACCCUCACAUUCAGUUUUAGCUAAACGACCACAUCUACCAACAAAAGCGAAAAAUCAUCUUAAACGAUGGUUAUUUAACCACACUGACCACCCUUAUCCGACAGAUAUUGAAAAGCAACAACUGAUGAAAGAAACGAAUUUGUCCCUAUUACAAGUCGAGAAUUGGUUUAUUAACGCUAGAAGACGAAUUUUGGCCGAUUUGACAAGGCUUAAAAAUAUGAGAGGUGGUUGUUUCCGAGGCAGGCGACUUGGAAGAAGUCGGGGUCGUGGGCGAGUCGUUGUUGCGACACUAGAAGAAGAUUUGUUUGAAGAUGACAAUGAUGCAUUAUUUGAAGACGGAGACCACGAAGAAACUGUUGUCGCCUCGCAGUUGAUACAAAAUUUGGAUCAUACGAAUUCCAAGAUGAGUUUCGAAAUGCACGGGCUUCAUUCUGAGGACAAUUCGUUUGAAGAUGAGAAUCAAGCAAUGUCAGACAAAGACGACGACGAGGACGUACUCGAUGUGAAAAAUAUAAUAAUUCAAAACCCGAUCGAAAUUGCGUCGAUAAGUCCAAUCGAUCACAAUCAAGGUAGCGCUGAAAAUACUGACGAGGAAGACCCUUUGGAAGAUGCUCCCUUGAGUACGAUAACCUCUCAUAUUAAAAUGGAAAUUGAUAUAGAUGAACGGUAACUUCCGUAAAGAGAUCGUUCUUGAGUAUUCCAUAUCUGAAAAUCUGUAAACGAGAUACCAGCAAGGUAGCAGUACUGACUAAUGUAAAUUAACGCAAGGCAAGCGUCUCUUCAGAAUGUAAAUUUGUUUUGAUAUCAGUUGGAAGGGAGAGUGAGAAAAGCUUUUUAAACAUUUUUUCAUGGGACUAUUUAGAUUUGUUAUGCCCUUAUUUACGUGCGAUAACAUAAUAUGUUAAAUUUCAUUAAAAUCUGCUGGUGAGAAAAUGUGAAUCGUUCAUAUUAAAUUCCGAAGACAUAAAAAAGUUGUUAAAUGUAGUAUAGUAACAUACUGAACCCACAUAUUAUUUUUAAUUCAAAUAAUUUGAUUAAGUAUUAUUAUCACAAUUUCAAAAUUUGUUUUCAGUUUCACCAUUGGAUCACAUAGUGAGACCAUUUUAUUUUGUAAUUAAAGCUAAAGGAACUUCUUCCCAAAACUUUUUUCGAAGUAAUAGUUUUUUUUAUAAUAUAAUAAUAAAAUUGGUGCAGGUCAACUACACAGACCGAUUAAACCAUAAAUCAAUUUUAAUAACAAAAAAUAUAUCGCAAAGUCUAGCAUCCAUGAAAUGUUAAGUUUUUUCCCAUAAAAUUUGAAAUUAAUGAUGAAUGGUUGAAUGAGUGAAUACUUUUUAUGGCGAAUAUAAAAUAUUUGUCGAUUUGGAACCGCCUAUCGAAAAAAUGAAAAAAAAAACAAUGUUUUUAUUUGUUUGUUAUUUGGCUUUAUUUAGUAAUAACAAUAUGUUGACUUUUAUUAGCAAACUUUAUAUACAGGACAUUUACAUACAUUGCGUAUUUAGAUAUACUUUAUAUGUAUGUUUAUGAUAUAAACAUGUGAAUUAUAUCAUAAAUUAAUUAAACCAUCUGUUUACCAUAAACCAUAUUUUAAUCAUUCUUAUUCAUCUUCAUAUUUCUUGUGGGCAUUUCUCUGUAAACCCCAGUAAUUCCAUUUUAUUUAUUGAGCAAAAGCAUUUAAUAAAAAUGAGAUAAUUUGAUUUGUAUCCAAUUUCAAGAAUAGAAGGAAGUCAGGGGGGCUUGAAAAAUUAAUGAAAAAUCGAUCGAGCGUUAACUGUUUAUAUAUUUAUUAAUACCAAGAAAAUGUAAAGCUGUUCUGUUAAUACUUUUGUUAAUCACUUUAUUGCAAAACCCAGGAAAAGGGUUUUUUAAAUACCAACAUUCAUAAUUUAUUCGUUGUUAAUAGCUUUAUAUAAUUUUGUUUGUACUUUAGGAAAUGAUUGUACAUAAAAUGUAAAACUAAAUUAGUCAUGUAUCUUGGAAUUAUAUGGCUAAAUGGUAAUGUAUGUGUCACUAUAUGCAAUUUAUUGUUAUUUGAUAUAUUUAUGAAGGUCUGGUACAUUUAAGCGACCUUAAUUUAAAUGAAAUAAUUAAUUUAAUGAGUUAAAUUUGGAUCACACUAAUCUAGUAUGAAUAAAACCUUGAAACAUUGUUAGGCAUCAACUGGAAAAGUGUGCUGUAAAAAUUAGGUUUUACAACUUUAAGGUGUCAUGGGUGUAGGCUUUUAAUUUACAAGUUGUUUUUUUAUUUAAUGGUUUUUAUCAAUGCCCUAACUAUUUUGUUUGUAUCGAGUUAUAGUUUAUUUUUACACAUUAAGUCUUUACGUCUAAUAUAAACACUUCUAUAAACA